AUGGCUGCUCAAAACAUUCCAUCUUUUCCACCUCCGUCACCUAGCACCGUCGGGUCAUCCAAUACUACGGCGUUAACCUCACCCAUAAUCUCCUUGCAACAACCAUCAAAUAAGAAAGGAUCUUCAAAACCCUCGAAAUGGUUCAAGCGUUUUCGCUCCGUUUUCAGGUCCUUUCCGAUCAUAACGCCAACGUGCAAUAUCCCUGUCAGUCUCCACGGAAACCAUAUGCACGGAGGGACACGGAUGACCGGAACCCUAUUUGGGUACCGAAAAGCUAGGGUUAACCUUGCCAUCCAAGAAAACUCUGGGUGUCUCCCUGUUUUAGUACUCGAGCUCGCUAUAACAACCGGAAAACUCCUCCAGGAGAUGGGAUCGGGGCUUGUUCGGAUUGCUUUAGAAUGUGAAAAGCGUCCAUUGGAGAAGAUUAAGAUCCUUAAUGAACCUAUAUGGACAUUGUUUUGCAAUGGUAGAAAGUCAGGGUACGGUGUAAAGAGAGAACCGAGCGAUGAAGACUUAAUGGUGCUGCAAACUUUGAAGGCUGUUUCGACGGGGGCCGGUGUGAUACCGACGGAAGCUUUGGAGAAUUCCGAUGGAGAAUUGAGAUACAUGCGUGCGUAUUUCGAACGUGUCAUUAAUUCUAGAGAUUCGGAAACUUAUUACAUGAUGAAUCCGGAUGGUAACUCUGGUCCAGAGCUGAGCAUAUUCUUUGUCAGGGUUGGAUGA